AUGACGAGCAGUCGACCCGGUUCUUCGCGUAUAUCAAACAAGGAACCAAAUGAAGUAACAACAAGAGUUUCAUCAGCAAAUGUGCGAAAAGAAAAACAAUCUUCAGUUCCCCAAAAAGCGACAUCCAAUAUCAACAUGUUUGCUUAUUUCUGGCUUGAUGAAGAUGUAAAUAAAACGAAAGAUAAUCAAGAAACACAAAAAGAAUUGAGGAAAGUCAUCAAUUCAUUACAAACAUUCGAAAAUUCUGAUGAAUGUGAACAGGAGAUCCGGAAAAUGAUAGAAGAAAAAGUUGUUCUUAUUUCUUCUAAUCCAUUGGCUCAUCAACUAGUUCCUCGUAUACAUGAUCUUUCACAAUUUAAGGCAUGCUACAUUUUUUGCUCAGAUCAAUCAGUCGACAAACAAUGGAUUACCGACUAUGCUAAAAUUAAAGGCAGUUUUACUCAACGAUCGGAAUUGCUCGCUCGACUUACUCAAGAUCAAACUGUUCGAGUUCUAAUCGAAGAUUCCGGAAUGAUUUCAAUAGUCAGUCGCAAUACUGAAUCAUUAGAAAGUCGAAAUGCUAUGUUUAUGUGGUUUCAGUUAUUUAUUGAAGUACUUUUUCGUAUGCAUCAUAAAUCCAAUGCUCGACAAGAAUUGAUUAAUGUUUGUAAAGAACAAUAUCAAAAUAAUUCCGAAGAACUCUCGAUUAUUAACGAAUUUGAGAACACAUAUAAAACAGAAAAUGCUAUCUGGUGGUAUACACGUGAAUGUUGUCUAUAUCGUAUUUUAAACAAAGCAUUGCGCAAUCAAAAUUUCGAUUUAUU